GGCAGGCGGGCAGAUAAUUAAUAUUCUCGUUGCGGCGCGCGGAUUGGUCGAGGCGCGCCCCGCCCCGGCAGCGGGUUAGGCUGCCCCCUGGCGGUGGCAGGAAGGGGCGGGUGCGGCGCCGGGAGCCCGAGAUGGUGGGCGCCGGGGCGCGCGGGGCGCCGCUGCUGCCGCCCUUGCUACUGCUGGUGCUGCCGCCGCUGCUGCGGGGCGCGGCGGGUGGCCUGGCCGAUAGCGUCGUCUGGGCCGUCAACGCGGGCGGCGAUGCCCAUGUGGACGUGAACGGCAUCCACUUCCGCAAGGACCCGCUCGAGGGCCGCGUGGGCCGAGCUUCUGACUAUGGUAUGAAGCUGCCAAUCUUGCGGUCAAAUGCGGAAGAUCAGAUUCUGUACCAGACUGAGCGUUACAACGAGGAAACAUUUGGCUAUGAAGUUCCCAUCAAAGAGGAGGGUGACUACGUGCUGGUGUUGAAGUUUGCAGAGGUCUAUUUUGCACAGUCUCAACAGAAGGUAUUUGAUGUUCGCUUGAAUGGCCACGUGGUAGUGAAGGACUUGGACAUUUUUGACAGAGUUGGACACAGCACAGCUCAUGAUGAGAUCAUUCCCAUGAGUAUCAAAAAGGGGAAACUGAGUGUCCAGGGUGAGGUUUCCACGUUCACGGGGAAGCUCCACAUUGAGUUUGUAAAGGGCUACUAUGACAAUCCAAAAAUCUGUGCCCUAUACAUACUGCAAGGAACAGUGGAAGAUGUUCCAAAGCUGCAGCCGCACCCGGGUCUGGAGAAGAAAGAGGAAGAUGAUGAUGAAGAUGAAUAUGAUGAUGGCUCCAGUGUUAAAAAGCAAGCAAAUAAGAACCGGGUUCAGUCAGGCCCACGCACACCAAACCCGUAUGCCUCGGACAACAGCAGCCUCAUGUUUCCUAUAUUGGUGGCCUUCGGUGUCUUCAUUCCUACCCUCUUCUGCCUCUGCCGAUUGUGAGAGCAAGCCCCACAGAGCAUCAGCCAAGGGGCUGGGAGGGAAGGAGUUGGACCAAACACGGUUGCUUUCAAUUUCUCCAUAUUGUUCAUAAUUUAAGGAAAAAAAAAAAAAAGAUGAUUCAUUUGGAAUGAAUAGCAGGUCCACGUAAGAGGGAGCUUACCUUCCCCCUGCCAGCAAGCAGCGAGGCCCUCGCCUUCCCCUUCACACCAUGUGCAGCCUCCACUCCUCCCUGGGGCAUCCAAGAGUAAACUGAGUCCUGGCUGUCUGUGUAUUGGGCUGUUGGAAGCUGAUGCUAGCAGUCCUGGGCCAUGUCCCACACUGAGAGAAAGCCAUGUGCUGCAAGAUCUCUGCCUUUGAUGGGUGGAAUACGGUUCCUUAAGCAGGGAAGCAGCUCUUAAAACGAGGCCUGGGUACACGUUUUGUCCAGGAGCGUGGAAGUGUUGUGGUGCUGUUGGGUGACUAACGACUAUGGAGGAUGGAGCCUGGCUCGGCAUCUCCCUGAAUGCGUGCAACAUGAUGUAUGGUACUCGCCUGCAUAAAGAUACCAAGACUCCAGCCAGCUGCUCAGCCUCUGUGGAGAUGUUCCCCUCCUAAGAGAGCAAGCUGCGCCAGGAGCUGAGGGAUUUGUCUGGCCUGAUAUGCUGCACCAGUUGGGAGAGACUUUCCUAGUCUGACAAUUGUAAUGUUAGAUCCAUUGCAGAGGGAUUCUGCUGUAGCCUGUGAGAGGCUGACGUUGUUUGCGUCGAUCAGAUGCACUCGUUUUCUGUAUUGAUUAUGGCUUUUGUUUCCUUUAAUACCCUUUUCUUUUCAAAGGUUUCAUUUUAAGCCCAGUUCCUUGUUUUGCCCUUUCUAGCAAGCGACCUUUCCUUUGGAAGCAGCUGAGAAUCAGAUGACCUAGAGAUGAGGUUCUGGAUUUGUUCCUUGAUCUUCCUAACGGUUAGCUCCCCACCCAAUGACUGUGAACAGCCUGUGCCGUAGGACAGAGCAGAGCAAUCUCACGGAUGCUCCCUGUGAGCUCUCGUCUCCUGCCGUAGGGACCAGGCCUGCCUGCAGCGGUAAGAAGUGCAGUGGGGUUGGGUGGUGUCUUCAGUUAGCUCAGCCUUUUGCGUAUCAGGGCACUGUGGUGAAGGCACAGAUGUCCAGCAUUUCAGUACUGUAGAGCAAGGUGGUUUGUCACCCUCCAGAGAUCUGGAAGUGAACAGGACACUGGAGACAAGGUCACCUGCUUCCCCCAGGGAUAUUUCUGCGAGAGGCUUCUGUUUCCACAUGCGGGGCCUGUUCCUGCCUGCCAGAGGCUGAACAGAGCGAAAGCCCUGGCUGCGCCUCCUGAUCCAGAGCUGCGGGCCCUGAGGAGCUGCCUUCUGAUGGUCUUGGCCUCUGACAUGCCGAGGUCUUCAGGCAGGCGGGAGGGAGAUGUUCUGCGUGCUGGAGCAGGAUCUGGCCCAGGCAUGGUUGUGUCCUUGUGGGUCAGCUGCCAUACUGGUGAGCUCUGGGCUCGCAGAACGCUUUACCUCAUGCUGUCGUUGUGUUCUCAGAAGUGCUCUCUCUUCACCCAGAGCAGCUGCACUGAGCAGUGUCCUCCUUGCUGCUGCUCCUCCCGGGGCCUGAGUUUUCCUAGCGGUUGUUCUUGGGUUUGAUCCUCUGUAGUGGCUCAGCCUUUCUUUGAGUUGAAAAGAGUCAGCAGAAUUCCCUAUUUUCUGGAAAGAAAGCCAGAGGAGCAGCCUUUCUGCUCUGCUGAGCCCAAGCAGCUGAAGCCUUCUCUUCCUUCAAACCCUCAAGCUGUGAUGUGAGCUGCCAGCUCACGGGCUCCAGAACAGGAGCUGGGGGAGGUGUAAAAGCACUGCUCUGUGCAGUGGUGGCACUGAACCUUGCCUUUCGGAUUGCAUACAUCACUGCUAUAGGCCUGACCCUAAUUCUGUGUCUGUGAGCUAAAAAGCAAGCAGUAGGACAUUAAUUACCUUCUCUCCAAUUGCCCGAGUGGUAACAGCCAGUUUGGGACAAGCAAGGGGGUCCCUGCCAUACCAGGAGAAGACAGGUUUUAGAGGGGCUAGAUCUUAAGAGCAAACCUUAUGAUGAAAAGGCGGUAGGUAAGCUUGAAGUUGUCUGCUUCAUCUUUUAGCUGCUGUUAAAAUCCUAGUACUUACAAAAUUCUUAAAAAUGAGAGCUCUGUUUUGUUUGGUGACAGUGCCUGCAGAGAUUCUCCAGCGUUUUUGGGAUUGCUCUAACUAGAGCGCAGAGACAUUUAGAUCUUUAUCAGUUUUGAGAAGCAUGAACUGUGCUGAUUUGUUAAGCAAAGAACCUGAGCUUGAAAGCAGGCUUCUCUGUAAGGAGCUGUUCUCCUCCAGGCCUUCUACGUUACACUUUAUUUGAGCAUCCUUGAAGCAAGGAAUCACUCAGGUUCUUGGGGCUCACCCAGUAAUCUCACUUUGCUUGCAUGAGAAAAAGGGUGUGCUUUUAGGUGUGCAAGAGUUGGAGACAAGUCUUCUAGGAUAGCUUAUCCCUGCCUCUCCUGAAGCCAGGGCACCCAUCUGGUGCCAGCAGCUGCCCUGAGGCAAAGCUAAGCAGGGUAUGAUCUGUUGUGUUCCAGUUGCUCAGUUCAAAUGAAUUUGUCUUAUUUGAAUACGAAUAGAAAGGAGGAAUAGUUCAUCCUUCAUGGCUUCACUUCAGUUGCUUAGUUGCCCUGGUUUUAUGCAUUUUUGUCAUUACAAAGCUAGUGGUUGAGGGGGUUCCUGAUCCUGUUAUGGUGCUAUGAGCAAUUUUCCUUGUUGGCCCAUCGCUUCCUGACAGGUUUGCCUCAGAAGGAGCCUUCAGACAAAGCAUGUGGAAACAUGGGAGGAUGGUAGGGGAUAACCAGUCAGCACCUCUCUGGGAAUGUCAUAUUUAGGCCGGUUCCCCUUGCCAUCUCUGUCUGGCACCUGCAAGCUGGCCAGAUGGCCAUAAUGAGGUACCUGGUCCUGACCAGGGAAAGAAAAAGUUUGAGUUGGCUGUAGAUUUCCAGCGUGGGUGUUUGAGGGAAUAUCCAAGAUGGUGUUUAACUGAGAUUGGUUAGGGACAAGGCGGUUUGUGUUUUGUUGUCCCCAGGCAGAUGAAGCACGUGUCCCUUGGCAGCAGUGUGGGGAGCUGGGUCAGAAUAGACCCUGGCUUGAUUGGUGGAGCAGUUGUGUAGAGAGGGACAGAUAAGGCAAUUUUAAUAAAGUUUCCACUUAAUAAAGGGGAGACAACACUGGUGAUUGUGUUUUGGGCCUGGAUAGUGGUUCCAAAGCCUGUUUUAAUUACCAACCCGUCAGCUUCUCCUUUUGUACCUUUAAGCCAGGCCAUUUCCCCUUCUGUGUGUGUGACUGAAACAACAGCUCUGACCCUUUGGAGUUCCCCAGGUGGCAGUGAGCAGAAAGCCAAAUGAAUUCACUUCUCUUUUUGGUGCCUUUGUCUCAGGCUUUGAAUAAAAGUCUAUUUGAAGAAGCUUCUUUUUUUUUUUUUUUUAAGGAGCUUCUGAGUUGUUUUUUCUUUUAUCCCAAGGGACAGGCAUUCCCUGCCCUUAAGAUCAGCUGAGGACUGUCUCACUGUCCCUGGAUGCCAGCUCCGGAGGUCACAGCUGAAGCGGAGAACUGCGAGCGAAUAUCUUUGGUUCCAGGCCUUGAGGUCAAUGGGAAAAAUGCCUAGCAGGGGAUAGAAGAACUGGAAGAGCUCCUUCAGGUCUGGUCUCCCCCAGAAAUGUCCUGAAGGCAGGAUGGAGAACUUACAGACAGUCUGGAGCCUGCGUGUCUGUGCAGUUCAGAGCCGAGUGAGUCAUGGCUGCGUCCUGGUACUCAUAUGGUGCUUCUGUGUGCAGAGUGUGGUUUGGGGGUCCUGCCACCCGAACUCACUUGCCAGGGGCUUGCCCUGCACCAUUUGGGUCUGAACAGGAUGCACAGACCCAUGCUAUGUCCCUUGGUCUUCCUUUAAGUUGAAAUGGGAUUGCAGCAGCCAGGGAAGUGUCUUGAUAUGGGAAGCCUGGGCUGAACAUGCCUGUCUUUGAUGGAAAACUGCAGGAGGAGGGAGAGGACCAGCAGAGCAGCUUCAGCCCUUGAUGUGAGCAGAUUCUGAGCAGCUGCGAAGUACCAAGUGUUUCAGGCUCUGUUUGGUACUCAAUUGUGGCAGAGAUCAGUCUGCUUCUUGCACUUCUGUGGCGGGGAGGGAAAUAUCCUUGCUGAGAAUCCAGGAGAAAUGGGAGCUGGGCCAGCACUGAGCUAAUUUACCUACUGACGCUUCUGCAUCUCCAGAACAAAUGCCAAAGUCUAAUACAAUUCAAGGAUGACUUUUUUUUUUUUUUUUUUUAACGUCAGCCUGGUUCCACCAGUCUGUCUUCACUGGCUAGUCCCAAAUAGGCUCAGACGAGUGUUCUCAAUGGCACAAACGCACCACCAGGCUGGAGAUGUGAAGGCUUGGAAAUGUGAUUAACACAAAUCGUCUGCCUGUGCUGCACCCCUGCUUUGCACGCUGCUCGGCAGGGCUGUGGCACGUGCGUUUCACCUUGGAUCCGAAUGGGUUUGUCCCAGGAAUACAGUAGCAACAGCAUUGAAAUGGUGCUGGGCUGGACGGGAGAGGUGAAAGCAGGUCCAUGUCUUCCAGGACUCUGGCUUGCUCAGAGUUUAUUGCUGUAUAUUAAAUACUAUUUUUGGAGACUGGGGGGAAGAUGUGGGAGGGGGAGGGAUGUGGCGGCGCUGUCCCCAGGCUGAUCAGUGGGACGCUACUGCAGGUUAUUGAUAAGUUUUGAUUAUUUUUUUUUCCCAAAAAGUGCUUUAUUUAAAAAAAAAAAAAAAAGGAAAAAAAUAAUCAAUAAAACAGAAGUGCUUUCCUCCCUCCUAGGAACAGUGCUGGCUGAUUAAAAAAUGUGAAUAAUCUUUUGCAAACAUCAAAGGUCUCUGCUAAAGAGUUUGUGUGAUGGAGAUUUCAAGGCAAGGGGCACAGUACGGCUCAAACCAGUUUAACUGGGGAGAGUGUGGAUCUCGGAAACACGGGAUCUCUGCCCUGGAGUUGUUGCCGGUCAGGCGUGGUGGGGAUGCGCUUGUGCUGCUGUGGCUGUUCUGUCACACUGACAGUUCCUGAGCUAGGGCGCUGGAGUGAAGCGGUGCCUGGAAACGUGCUGGCAGGUGGGGGCUUGCAUUUUUCAUGGUUUCUACGGCCAUCAUGUGUUCAGGGCUUCCCCACUUGAGAAGCAGCCAGUUUGGUGAGGCAGCCCCGGAGAGUGUGAGAGCAGAGGCAGGAUUUGUGCUUUGUGCCAGGAGGCCAGUAGCCAGGACUGCGAGAUGCUGGGCAGGUGAUGGGGAUGUUAGGGUGCCAUCGGUGUCGCAGCUCUGAGCGUUGGCGGGUGGUCCCACCGCCCUGCAGUGCCCCGCUGGGACCCCUGGAAGUGACCCGUGCUGUGGCAUUAAGGACACGUCACAAACUACUUGAAGCUGCAGGUCUAGGUUGUCUGUAAAGGCUAAAGCAGUGUGGGGAGAGAUCUCUGUCUGUACUUGUCACUAGUACAAAGGUUUUUAAGGAGGAUUUUUUUUAUUUUACUGUCCAUUGCUUUGUGUUAUAACAACUUGCAGUGACAUUUUUUUUUUAAUUUUUUUUUUUUAGUUGGUUUUGCAGCAAGCUUGGGCCCUGGGUGAAAAGCACAGAUGUCUAUUUCUGAUUGCAUUGGCUUUGCAGGGACUAGUUUGGGGGAAAAGACGGGUGUGGGGGUGGGUUAUUUUAUUUUUGGUACACGGUAGCGGUUUUAUUUUUUAAUUUCCUCAGGAUGUUUGGUUGAGGGAAUGUUCUGAAAUCUACUGUCUGGCGGUUUUAACCAGCAGUGCAUUAAAGGAAAAUAAAACAAAAUUAUAUUGUCACUUGGAUGAGGUGGUCCCUCAUUUCUAAGGGUUGGGGACAGGGGCAUCCCUUUGGCUUUUCGGCUCCCGCUGCGGGAGUGCUGCCCUGCGGAGGGGAUGCAGUUUAACAUCCCACCACAGCCUCCCCCACGGCUUCGGCACUCUCUCGCUGGUUAUUUUUGGCGAUAAAAUGCAAGUUGAACGGUACAACAUCCUCUUUAAAGUGCUGGUGGGGACCGUGUUGCUUCCUGCUUGGGCCGGGAACACCAGCGAUGUUAAUCUAUGGUCUGGGGUUUUGCAAGCUGCCCCCAUUUCGGCUCAAAACUGUGUCAGAGGCGGACGGACGGGUCUGGAGCCGGUGCAGAGAGAAAGCAGCACCUUCCUCUCUCGGGGGCUGAGGGACCCUGGCUCUCUGUAGGGCACCUGCCCCUGGGAAUAGAAGGGUCUUUGGUGUGUCCUUCGUGGGGCCAGGGAGGAGGAUUUGUGAGCGCUGGUGUGUUUGAGAGAGCAUUCGGUUGGCAGCGGCAGCAGCAAACGUCACUAACCACUGCUCUACAUCUCUUUUUCUGGUCAAUUUUGAGCGCGUUGAGUGUUGGCUGGAGUCUGGAAAGAGGACGCAGAUGUUUCUUUUGCCUUGGCUCCCCGAAGGGCUGGAGGUGACUCUUAACCCCUGAGCGCCUGCUGCAGGCUGGGGGGUAGCCCCUUUUUUGGGAAGAAAGGCGUCCUUUCCUCGGUGUGGUGCUCCUGUGGAUCCCCGCAGGCGGGACAUCCCAGUUCCUCCCGGCUCUGGAGUCUCGUCCGUCAGCUGCCACCCUCCCUCCGAUGGGUGCUCCUGGGUGUCCGGGAUGGGGUGACAGUGGCAGGGUGACUCUCACCAGCGCUCCCUGAGUGACCCUCCUUGGAGCACACGGUCUUGUCACUGUCCCUGCCCGGGCCAGGGUCCCAGCUCCUUGGGAACAGCAGCGAGGGGGUGGGUUUUUGUUAGUUUUUUGUAUUUCUUUUCUUCGGGUAACUUCCAGCUUUCUCCCCCCGCUGGGUGUAGCCGCGGGUCGCGCCGCGCCGCCCGGGUCCCCCCUCCGGCC